UGUCUUCUUAUCUUAGAUGACUUUGCUUCUCAUCCUUUGUUAAAGAACAGAGAACAAGAUAUGUGUCGAAUUCUUAAGAAGCUCAGACACUUUAACAUCUCAGUCGUAAUAUGUGUACAGACAGCAAAGAGUUUAAGUAAGGAUGUUAAAAGAAUACUUACUGACAUUAUACUCUUCCCUGGAUUGUCCGAAGACGAUUUCAUGGAACUUAUGAAAGAGUCCAUGGCAGGUAAGUUUGACAGACAUGAACUAUGGGAGAAGUACAAAGUCAUACAAGACCCUCAUACUUCUUUCAGAAUUCAUAUCUACGCAAACAAAGUUCAAAUUGUAAAAAGUCAAGCUUGA